GACAGAGGGAGAGACAGAGAGAGAGAGAGAGAGAGAGAGGGAGAGACAGAGAGAGAGAGAGAGAGAGAGGCAGCGGUUGCCAGUGCGCUUUCACAACGCCGCGCUCUCGGAGUCAUUCUCACUGGUUUUGAGCUCCAGUCUGAGUUUUUCUGUGUAAUUUACGCCGCGUUUCCUCCGCCGCGGGCCGCUGAGAGAGUGAUAGAGAGGGAGAGAGAGAGAGAGAGAGGGAGAGAGGGAGAGAGAGAGAAGGCGAGAGCGCGCGGCGCGUCCCCGAUGGCGGGCUGGAAGGACGGCGCGGUGCAGGAGAAGUACCGACUCGUGGUGGUGGGAGGAGGCGGCGUGGGAAAAUCCGCAUUAACCAUCCAGUUCAUUCAGUCCUACUUUGUCACUGAUUAUGAUCCCACGAUCGAGGACUCGUACACUAAGCAGUGUGUGAUCGAUGAGAGACCUGCACGGCUUGACAUAUUGGACACGGCGGGACAGGAAGAGUUCGGGGCGAUGAGAGAACAAUACAUGAGGACAGGAGAGGGAUUCCUACUCGUCUUCUCUGUCACUGACCGGGGCAGCUUUGAGGAAAUCUACAAAUUCCAAAGACAGAUUCUGAGGGUGAAGGACCGGGAUGAGUUUCCCAUGAUCCUUGUGGGCAACAAGGCUGAUCUAGAACUGCAAAGACAGGUGAGUCAGGAGGAGGGUCAGCAACUUGCUCGGCAGCUCAAAGUCACAUACAUGGAGGCUUCAGCUAAAAUCCGCAUGAAUGUAGACCAGGCGUUCCACGAGCUCGUCCGCGUCAUCAGGAAGUUCCAGGAGCAGGAGUGCCCGCCCUCACCGGAGCCGACACGUAAAGAGAAAGACAAGAGCGGCUGCCACUGCGUGAUCGUCUGAUUGGUCCAUCACCAUCGCCACUCAUCCAGCUGCUAUCACCAAACCCCGCCCCCUCCACCCUGCCUUCUGACAUCACAUCCUGUGUGGAUGAACCGCUGCCUUUCUCACACGUGCAUGUCUUCAAAAGAAAAUAAACAAACACAGUAACUCUCUGUUCCGGCGUUAUCCGGUUCACGGCGUCCUCCGAGACGUCACGACUAGAAGAACCAAACCAUGGUGGAGCUCUGAUGGAGCGUUUCACCUUCACUUCACUGUACCGACAUCGCAACACCGAUAAUCUCAUAAUCUCGUCUCAACACAACACAACACUACACGUCGCUUUUACUAAACAUGAACGCUUUUUGUAUUUGGAAGGUUUUUGUUGCCUUACAGUGACUAAAACAUCACGAAUAGACACAGGAAUGCUGAUGAAGAGGCUUUUAGCCAGCUUUGUGUUUUUGAAGCUUUUUUGUGUGUCUUGUGCCACAUUUGUCUUCUUUCUUGUGCUAAUCAACUACUGUACAUCAGAUAACAAGUGAAACUCGUCUUUAUAAUAACACAGCGUUCUCCACAGACUGAGUGAAGCUGGUGGAAAUGUGUGUGAGUGUAAUGUACAUAUAGACAGGCCUUAAGCUCAUGCUCACGCUGUGAGCGAUGUUCUGCUCGAGUCAGUGUUCUGUCACUCCUUCAUUCUGUCACUCCUUCAUUCUGUCGCUCCAUCACUCUGUCUCUCCUUCACUCUUUCACUCCUUCAAACUGUCUCUCCUUCAUUCUGCCUCUCCUUCAUUCUUUCACUCCUUCAUUCUGUCUCUUCUUCAUUCUGUCAUUCUGUCACUCUGUCAUGUCGGGCCUCUGGUGAAAAAGUGAUUUUGAUGUGUGUCAGUUUUUGUCAUAUAAGCGAGCGUAUUUCCUCCAUGUGGACGGUGCGUCCUGCUUUCAGCUCUGAGGUUGUUUUUUUUCUCGCUCUGUUCUGACUCUCAGGUUCUCCUCUUCACACUCUUCUUAUUUAUCACUGUUCCCUGACAGCAGCGCACACCCCGGUGCCUCCACAAGGACCAUCGCUGAUAAAUUAUUAACCAGAAGUCAAUAAACUGGUCAUUUUUCUGGCCUUCAUUCAUUUGCAUUUAAACUGACAAUGUUUGAUUUUUAUUAGGAUCAAAUUGUGGUUUUGUGUUUUUGUUCUGCUGUUAAUCCUGAACCUGAUUCUUCACUUACAGCGCUGUGCAAAAGUCUUACGCUGGAUUUUUACAGAAACUUCAUGUCUUUAUGUCCUCUAUGUUAGUGUGUAAGUAGACUUUUUUCUCCUUUCCAAACAUUUGUUUGAUUAAAUGUUACAGUAAAAUUGUUGUAGUAGAUCACUUUGUACAAUAAAGUUCAGCGGAUGAUCAAAGAGAGCGAACAGAAAUCUGCAGAAGAACUGUGAAGGUUCUCCUAAAACUUACAGCUGAUUUUCUUAUAAACCCUAUAAGACACUGCUUUAAAUACUGACCUGCUGUAGAUUAAAGUCUUUGAUAUUUCGUUUUUGUGAUUCAUUUUGAAGGAAUCUUCACUUUACAGAAUCUUUUUGGACUUUUGCACAGUUCUGUACGUUAAUCGUAGGAGAUUUUCAGAUUUAGUGUGUGUUCUGGCAGUUCCGAGAGUUUGAGAUUCAGUUUCAUUUCUGACUGAAUCCAUCCUCACACACGCUGCUGUGUUUAUUCUGGUCGAGGGUUUUGCGUCACUGUUCCACCGUCUCACAUGUUUUUAUUUCACUUUUGUUGUCUUCCUAUUUGCAUUCACGUGUUUCUGUACGAGGGAUAAAACUCUUAGUUUUUGUUUUCUCACACUGUAAUAUAAGAUAUUAAAAAAGAUGGAAGUGAUACUCUGAACAACAUGAUUAAAUGUUUUUACUAUA